AUGAAGCUGAUCAGUGAAAUUUUUCAUGAGAAUUGUGAUGGCGACGGCAAGAUGACGCCCGACACUUUAAGGGAGCUCCUGCAGUCUCUGUGCGACCAGCACGUUGGCCUUUGGGAUCCCACCGAUGUGGACAACGUCUUGGCCAAUUGGGCUGACAAGGGCUCCAUUGACUUUGAUGAUUUCCUCAGUUGGGUCUACCAUGAUUCAGCCAUGCUCUCCCCGCGGGACGCGUCCUCCGCGUCGCCACGGCAUUUGACCAUCAACUUCGAUGUGAACAAGACCAUCGUCAUGCGUGACAAGACGGCCAACAAGUCCGUGGAAGUCGUCAUCAACGAGGUCUUGGCAGAGACCUCUUGGGGGCGAGUGGUGGAGGACCAGUGGAUGAUUGUUUCCACCAGGCCCAGCUCUCUACGGCCAGAGGUGGAUGGAGAGGAGCUGGUGAGCUACGCGGAGUUCUUGGAGCAGCGGCUCCCGGGCAGCGACCGGCGCAAGGAGCGGCAGAAGCACAAAGGUGCUUUCACCGCUCCGGGAAGUGUCGGGGAACCCAUGGCGCAGCACCAUCGAAAUCUUUGUAAACAGUUGGUCUAUCCAGAUGGCUCCCCGGUCCAGGUGGUGCACGCCUUUUUUCGGCUCUUGGUGGAGCUCAAGCGAUCCAAACGGUCCUUCAGCUUGAUCUUUCGCAGCUUCGGCGAGGAUCUGGAGCUGGUGGCACAGGAGCUGAACUCCUUCUGUGAAGGGAAGCAUCCACUCUUUCCAGGUUUUCGCAUGGAUGGUAGUGAUGGUGAGCCGGAUUACCGCUUCCACAUCACACAUCCGGAGCGCUUCGGCAACUUCCACAUCGAGAAUGAGGACUUGCAUUUGGUCUUAGGCACCAUUGAGCAGCCCGGUGAGGGCCGCUACAAGGACGUGGCGGAUCGAAGCUUGACCUUCUAUGAGACACACCAGCUGCCCGUGACGCGCAUCAUCUCCGGCAUGUCGGCAGUGGUGGAUUUCAUUUGGGAGCUCUCCGCUCAGUGUCUCACUGCUGGCUUUCGUGACAACUUCCAAUAUUGGAAGAUGAAGGGCCACAAGCAGGAGGGCGGCAAGUUCUUCCUCUUCGAUGCGUCUCGGAGCACUUUACGUCACGAGAUCUUCUUCGAUGACAACGUGCACUUCCAAGACUUGAAGAUUGUACGACCCUAUCACAGGAUGCGACAGAGGCGCUCGUGGUGGGGCCUUCCUUUGCUUCGGACUCACGUGUGCCGGGCCGACGCUCUCCGGGCGAUCAACGACGACCUGUACUUCGUCGCCGAAGUGCAGAGGCUCGAAGCCAACUACGAGAGCAAGCUCGCAGUGAUGCAACGCUGUAGUACCUGCUUGAAGCGGCUACCGAUCAAGCACAGCACUUUGACCCUGCCGAGCUUGGAGAGAGAGAAGUACGAUGCCUGGGAAAACCUUCGCAGAGACGAACGGACCUUGCCCGCGACCUCCGAUUCGGACGCAGAUUUCCUGUCGCCCUUGGCAGUGGCCUCUCCGGAAGGGAAAGAGGGGAAACUGAGAUUAUGCUGA